AUGCCGCCGCCGUCUGCGUCCGACGCCGACAUCGACCCGCGCAGCGGCUACUGCGCGUCCACGAAGACAUUCCACAGCCUGCGCACGCCGGAGCCGCCGCUGCCUUCACCGGACCUCCCGCUCUCCUUCCCGGCCUACGCCCUAUCCUUCCUCCCGUCCCCGCUCCCCGCGCCCACGGACCCGUCCCGCCCGGCGCUCGUUGACGCGGGCACGGGCGAGUCCGUCCCGUUCCGGACCUUCCUCUCCAGGCUCCGCGCGCUCGCAGCCGCGCUACGCUCCCACGUCGGCCUCGCCCCGGGCGACGUCGCGUUCGUGCUCGCGCCGGCCGGCGUCCACGUCCCCGUGCUCUACUACGCGCUCAUGUCCGUCGGCGCCGUCGUCUCCCCCGCCAACCCGUCCCUCACCGCCGCCGAGGUCGCCCGCCUGCUCGCGCUCUCCAACCCGCGCGUCGCGUUCGCCGUCGCGGGCACCAGGGGCAAGCUCCCUCCCGGCCUCCGCACCGUGCUGCUCGACUCCCCGACGUUCCUCUCGUUCCUGCUGCACGACGAGCCCGAGGAAGGCACGGGCGCGGAAUUGGUGGCGGUCCGGCAGUCGGACCCGGCGGCGGUGCUGUACUCGUCGGGCACCACGGGGCGCGCCAAGGCUGUCGUGCUCACCCACCGGAACCUCAUCGCCUCCAACGUCACGCGGGCGCCCGCGGCGACGGAGACGCUCAUGCUCGCCGUGCCGCUCUUCCACAUCUACGGCUUCACCUUCUGCCUCAGGGCGGCGUCGCCGGCGCACACGCUGGUGCUGCACACGGCCAGGGGCAGGUUCGACGCCGCGGCGGUGCUAGCUGCGAUGGGGAGGUUCGGCGUGACGCGCCUCGCGCUUGCGCCGCCGGCGCUGCUGGCCAUCGUGCGCGCCGCCGAGGAGGACGCGGCCGCGGCCGCGCCCGCCCGCGUGGCCACGCUGAAGACGGUGAACUGCGGCGGCGCGCCCGUCGCGGCUGACCUCAUUGCGCGCUUCUCGCGCAUGUUCCCCGGCGGGUAUGGUCUCACGGAGACUACAGCCGGUUUCUGCCGUGCUGUUGGGGAGGAAGAAAGCGCACGAAUUGGAUCCGUGGGCCGUCUUUCAUGGGGCGCUCAAGUGAAGAUUGUUCAUCCAGAAACAGGGGCUGCCAUGCCUCCUGAUGUGCCAGGGGAGCUUUGGGUCCGAGGCCCUUUUGUAAUGAAAGGUUACCUUGGCGAGGAGGAUUCUACAUCUGAUAUCUUGGACAGUGAAGGAUGGUUGAGGACAGGAGAUCUCUGUUAUAUUGACAAGGACGGAUUUGUUUACAUCGUUGACCGGCUGAAAGAGUUAAUUAAGUACAAAGGCUACCAGGUGCCUCCUGCAGAACUCGAAAGCCUGCUUCAGACACACCCAGAUAUUGUUGAAGCUGCAGUUGUCGCAUACCCUGAUGACGAGGCUGGAGAGUUGCCGGUAGCGUUCGUCGUGGGACGCCCAGGAAGUCACUUGCACGAAUCACAUAUCAAAGAAUUCGUCGCCAGUCAGGUUGUACACUACAAGAGAAUCCACCAUGUUUUUCUUGUGGAUUCCAUACCACAAAAUGCGGCAGGUAAGAUUCUGCGCAAGGACUUGGCCAAGCUAGCAUUGCGGCGUAUUAGCUCCAAGCUAUAG